GACACCGGUCGGACAGCUGGGCCCCUGAAGCGUCAGCAAGAGGGCGGGAAUAAGUGUGAAGUCGGGAGUUUGGGAGGCAGUCGGGAAGCAGCGGACCAGGAAUGUCUGACAGUAAUGGAACAUAUUGAGGCUCAGUACUGCAGUGAAGAACAACUCCACAGCGGGGCUUAAUUAGAGUAUCGGCGUAGUUCCCGUCCAGGUUGUAGGUUGACUUGUAAGACAGACACAACGGUAACCGGUAAAAUCAAUGAGUUCUGCGGACAACCGACGUAUCGUCAGAGAAGGACGCAGGAAUGGAGGAGGAAAGGAGAAAGGAUUUUUCCAGAAAGUCCAUUCUCCUCCCUCGCCCCUAAAUGAUUCACUGGAGGGAGAGAUCCAGGCCUUCCUCAUUGAUGAAGACCAACUCCACACUUAUGACGACCUCACCAAAGUCAACCCAGUGACCCCAUCAACAGUGCUGAAAUGCCUGCAGGCCAGGUACAGCGUGAAGGUGUUUUACACCCAUGCUGGCUGCACCUUGGUGGCUCUAAACCCCUUUCAGCCAAUCCCAGACCUCUACACCCUGGAUGUGAUGAAGGAGUAUCACGGCGCUCCUCAGCCUCAGGAGUUCAAACCACAUAUCUUUAUUGUGGCAGAAGAAGCCUACAGGAAUGUCCAGGGCCAGCUGGAGCCGGUGAACCAAUCCUUGGUGGUCAGCGGGGAGAGCGGCGCAGGAAAGACAUGGACGUCUCGUUGCCUGAUGAAAUACUACGCCACCGUGGCGGCUUCCUCCUCAGUGGUGAAGAGCCAGGACACAGUGGAGAGGAUAGAGAGGAGGGUGCUGGAUUCCAACCCCAUCAUGGAAGCUUUUGGCAACGCCUGUACGCUACGGAACAACAACAGCAGUCGCUUUGGAAAGUACAUCCAGCUCCAGCUGGACAGGUGUCAGCUGUUAGUGGGGGCGUCUGUGCAAACCUAUUUGCUAGAGAAGUCCAGGGUGGCCUGCCAGCUGGCUAAUGAGAGGAACUUCCACAUCUUUUACCAGAUGAUGAAAAUGGCCACAGAUGAGCAGAGGAAGGAGUGGAAGAUGCCCCCUGGGCAAUGUUUUGUGUGGCUGCCAAAUUCAGAAAAAACUGUUGAGGAGGAUUGUUUUCAUGAGACUGUCGAGGCUAUGGUUCAUCUGGGCAUUAAUACAGAAAGGCAGAGACAAAUAUUCAGGAUAUUAGCAGGAAUUCUGCAGUUGGGGAAUGUGAACUUCUACUCUUCAACGGAUGAAUCACAACCUUGUAACCUAGAUGAACAAUCUAAAGACUUUUCUCAGAGGGCUGCUGAGCUGCUGUGCGUCCCCGCCGAGGAGCUUCAGAUGUGUUUAAGAGUGAGGAUGUUGAAGGCGGGGAAGCAGAGCGUCCUCAAGCCAUGUUCCCAGGCAGAGUGCAGCAUGAGGAGAGACUGCCUGGCCAAGGUCAUCUACGCCCAAUUAUUCGAUUGGCUGGUUACAUUCAUCAACAACAGCAUAUGUGCAGACAAAUCCACUUGGUGCAAUUUCAUAGGAGUUCUGGAUGUGUACGGGUUUGAAUGUUUCCAGAUCAACAACCUGGAGCAGCUGUGCAUCAACUACGCCAACGAGAAACUGCAGCAGCACUUUGUGUCUCAUUAUCUCAGAGCUCAACAGGAGGAAUAUGUGUCAGAGGGGUUGGAGUGGUCCUUUGUCAAAUACCAAGACAACCAGAGCUGUCUGGAUCUUCUUGAGGGAAGUCCUGUCAGUGUGUUUUCUCUUCUUAAUGAGGAGAGUCGACUUAAUCGAGUCUCGGACGCAAAGACGUUGCGUGUUCGUCUGGAGAAGGAGCUCUGUGAUAACGCCAACAUCAGCUGGGACAAGUUCAGCAAGGAGCCCCACUUCACUGUGGCCCAUUACGCUGGCAAAGUCCACUACCAGAUACAGGGCAUGGUGGAGAAAAACAAGGACCCAGUGCCACCGGAGCUCAGCAGCCUGCUUCAGAAGUCUGACAACCCCCUGCUUCAUCAGAUCUUCACUGAUAAGGAAACUGAGAACCCAACUACCAAAGGGCUCAGUAAAGUCACUGUGGUCUCCAAGUUCAAGAACUCUCUGGAGAGCCUGAUGAAGAUCCUCCACACCACAACUCCUCACUACACUCGCUGCAUCAAACCUAACCCAGACUGUAAGCCGUUGACCUUCAAAAAGGAGGAGGUUAUCAUGCAGCUGGAGGCCUGUGGCAUCGUGGAGACUAUUCAUAUCAGUGCUGCUGGCUUUCCAAUAAGAAUUCCUUUCCAAAGCUUCAUGCAACGUUAUGGACUGAUCGCAAAACAUCCCAUGUUCAAGUCGGGGAGUGUUGAUGCGCAGGCUGGCGGCAGCGACGUUCUCCGGCGAGCGGUGGAGAAGCUCCUGAGCGUCGUGCUACAGCACAAGGCGUUUGACCCCUCACACAACCUCGACGGACAAAAACCCAAUUCAUGGGUGCACUGCGGAAGGACUAAAGUGUUUCUCACCCAGUUGAUGUUAGAUUUGCUGGAGGAUCAGAGGAAGAAGAUCCUGUCCCAGUGUGCCUUCACCAUUCAGUGCUGCUGGCUGAAGCACCGGCGUCGCAGACAUCACGCACGCCAUCAGUCUGCUACUCUGAUCCAAGCAGUGGUGCGGGCGUGGCUGGUCAGGAGGUGUGUCCAGAGACGCAACAGAGCAGCUGCAGUCAUCCAGAACACCUGGAGGAAGUGGAGGGCCCUAUUGAAAUCCUUGGCCGAGGCUGAACUAGAUGACGCAGAGGACCUUGCGGAGGAGGACUUGCCAGUAUUGAACCCUGUUAUCAGGGAGCGGGGCUCCGUGCAGCUCUCCUCCAUCCAGAAGCCCGUCACAGUGCGAGGGUGGCCAAUGGGCCUGGCUCUGGCCUCCGCCCCGUCCAUCACCAUGUCUCUGACAGCCACAGGCUUCCAGAAGAUGGUGUCUGUGAUGGCCUCCCUCCACCUGCCCUCCCAGAGAGGGGCGUAUACGGUGAAGCCCAAUCAGUUCUCGCAGGAGCUCGCCUCCAUACGGGCUCAACCCAAGGGAUCUGUAAAGCUGCACUAUCAGCGAUCUCCACUUCUCUACGCUGACAGGCAACCAGACAUGAAGAGUGACGUGACGGGGUUCAACGCCAUCCUGCUAGAGAAGACUUUGUAAGCGUUCCCACUCUGCUGAACACUUAAGGUGGAAUUCACGGACACGUUAUUGCAGUGCAGCGUCUGCUCUUCCAUAAUAAGGGACCUGCUGUCAUUUUGUUAAAUGUUUUGAAUCAUUCACAGCUUUCUUGAAGAAUGCCACAUUUGGAUGCAACCUGGCAUCAUUUUGUUUUCCACCCCACCAGUAAGAUAAUGUGUUGUGAACCUUACCAAAAUCAUCUGUAGUAGCCUUCAGGCUCCAGGGAUUAAAAAAAAGUGUAAAGAAAAUCUACACCGUCAGAUGCAGAUUCUAUCACAACAGCCUGCAUUUCUUUGGAGUGUGGGGGAGGAAGGGUGUAUUAAGCAAGUAUUGCACAUGUAAAGCACAUAUUGCACAUUACAACCUCUGACCUGCUCACAUACGGACAUCGAGAACACACAUUACUCGUGUGAAACAGGGAAAGGUUGAACCCAGGUUUAUUGAAAU